UAAAUUCUUACAGUUGUGAUGUUCGCUUAUGAAAAUCAGAAAAUUUACUAACACCACUCACAAACUUUGUUCUUUUUAAUAAGUGGAGAGCCGACGGUGUUGAGCGUGAAGUUCAGUAUGGCGAUCGGUGCUCGUUCAUUGUGUUGGUUAAAAUUCGUUUGGUUUGUUUAGAUAACAUAUGGCUUCGCUCAAACCACAGACGUUUUCGAAAAGUAAACAGUGCAUCAAGGAUUGGAUUUUGACAGCAAUUGACCAGCUAAAAUUGCGCAAGGCCCGGCCAGACAGGUACCGGAUUGCCUAUGUUCUCAACAAGCAAUUUGGUGUGGAUAUUGAUGCCGUGAAUGAAGUACUGGAGCAGAUGACAGAUGAGCAUUCUAUUGUUCGAGUUGACUACAAGGGAUCAGUGAGCUACCGAGAUAUCAAAAAUUGGCUCCGCAUAAGCAAAGACAUCGAAGUAAUAUCCAUCUACGCUGGUGCUCUCGUGCUAAAUUCGGAUCGUGCAAGUGCUGCGCUUCAAGAAGCUGUUAAAACUUUGUCAAAAGUUUCAAAGUCACCCACUGUGACUCUUGCCGAGAUCGAACACUAUUUCAAGGACAAGAAUCACAACCAGUUCACUACCGCGCCUUUGGCCGUCGCCCUUCAGCGGGAGGUCAACGCUGGGCACCUGCUGAAAUCGGGGACGAAUACGUUUUCCGUUAAGUCUAACAAGAAACUGAAGCAAACCGAAAUGCAUCGGAUGGAUUCGCCGACCUCGGAUGUGACAUCGGAUGGGAACGACACUACAAAUGAAAACGGGAAACGAGUGAAGAAAACGAAGGUGAUCUUUGACCCGAGCGAGGUGCGGAGGCCGGUGGGCGGGCCGCCGGCACCCAAACGUCUGAAGACGGCCAUCACCCCGAUGAAGGUUGUUGUCUCGACUGGACGGGGCACCACCACUCGCGCGUCGGCCUCCUCCACGCCGGCCACCCCGGCCGCCGGCGGCCGUCAGAGCGCGGCCGGAGCCGCCGGCGCCGGCUCCGCGGCCUCUGCUGGCCCGGGGAAGCCGACGUGCCACUUCUGUAAGCGGCCCGGACGCCAGGAGGUGGUGCUCGUGUGUCGCCAGUGCAAAACGCCAGCCCACCCCAGCUGUCUGGGCUACAGUAAACGACUGACCAAGAAGAUCCAGGAUAAGCCAUGGACGUGCAUGGACUGCAAGACGUGCGUGCUGUGCCGAGACGUCGGCGGGGAGCUCAUCUUUUGCGACCACUGCGACCUGGCGUUCCACAUGCUGUGCCACCAGCCCAAGGUGCGCCGGAAGCCCAGCGGCGAGUGGAUGUGCUCCGGGUGUCGGCGGGGUGCCGGCGCCCCAUCCAGGAUGGGACGGCCGCCCAAACUCGCCUGGAAGCCGGAGCCUCCCCCCAAGUCUCCCCCCAAGCCGGCCGACUCCAAGCCCCAGUCGGCGCCAGACGCCAAGCCCGUCGAUGUAGACGUCAAGCCGCUCAGGACAGCUAAGCCGGCGGCGAGCUCGACCCGAGCGGCGACCACGGCGACCACGGCGGGGGCGGCGGGGGCUGCGGCGGCGACGCGUCUGGGCUGGCCCGCCCAGCUGAUGGCAGCCCCCGUGGACCCUACCGUUCCGGAUGUAUCGGACUGGUCCGUCGCCAAAGUGGUUGCCUAUUUCAAACGGCACGGCUUCGAGAAACACGCACCGGCCUUCGAGGAGCAUGAGGUGGACGGCCCGGCUCUGCUGAUGCUCUCCCGACUGGACGUCCUCCGCGGUCUGGGGAUCAAGCUCGGGCCCGCCCUCAAGAUCUACAACCACGUCAAGCUGCUGCAGACUCGGCGUCGUGCCUGCCUCGACUUCUGCCUGCUCUGAGGAGGAGGCACUGGAGUUCGAUCGAUCUCGAUCGGUUGAGGAAAUAGGAGGGUCUGAUAGGUUAACUGGACAGUGGAGCUUCACUGCAGGACACGCGGGUGUGAAAAGUGUGAGCAGCGAGCUUCCACGCGGGUCAUACAGGGUCAGCGACCAGCGUGUGGGGGCGCGAGUGAGUGUCGCCAGUGACUGUGAGGAAGACUGAUCGGUGGCGCCACCUUCCGCGCAGGUGCACAAACCUCUGCUUCUGUGACUUGCCGAUAGACGACGGGCUACAUUCGAGUUCCUGUUUCCGCUACUUACCGAUAGGCGGCGGUCGGCCACUUUGACUUGGUCGUCGGUCAACGAUCGUUGGACGUUGAUCUGUGUGUGUAAUGUACCCGAGAGGCUGAGACGAAACCGCUCUGAACUUCGCUGAUGCUGUCUGACACUUGCCGGAGUUUUCCAAUGGAUGCAUGCACGUGUAACGCUUCUGGGCAGCUGACCGCCACACCAGCAUCGAACUAUCAUUUCAUGUGAUACCCUGGAAGUUGAGAGCAAAGCAGGUUGUGGCAUUACCGACUGCAGAGACAGCCCGAACUUUUUGAACAGUGAUGCUUUGUGUGAGCGUCAUGUUCGGCUAGUGAAAGCCUGGAUAGGUACAUUUUCGGCGUUAUGCUGACGCAUUUUUCUCGUGUCCGUUGGUUGCGACUUGCGGUAUGCCGAGACGAGAGACGUUCCAUUUGAGCUCUUCUCCUGCUCAAUUUGAAUAUGUAAACCGUACCUCUUUUCUAGUUGUCACUGUCAUAGGUAAGGCAGAGCUGUGGCUUCAUGUUGCCCUCAUUCCCUAGUCCAGGGCGGGGGGGGGGGGAUGAUUGCAUCCCGCGUCUUUCUCGAGCCGCCCUCUGCUGAAUGCAGGGUCGGCUGUCGACUGUAGCACUGAAGCGCCACAGUAGGAGGCUCGGUCGGCAUUCACGUUGUUGACUGUAGCUGGUGAUGGCUAACUGAUCGCUUUGUAUGUAUGCCUGUGAAUCGCUCAAUAGAUCGUGUAAAUAUAUGAUUUAUAAAAAC